GUGGUUCUAUACAGACUAUCUGAAUUUUUACUACUUCAGCAUCGCAUCCUAAAGCACAGUCCCGCUUGCAGGAGGAAUUGGACUCACUCCUUCCAUCUGCUGAUGUCACGCUUGAUGGUCAUAACGAACUGGAAUACCUGAAUAAGUGCAUCAAAGAGUCCCAACGGAUGACCCCCGUCGGACUGGCUUUCUUCCGCGGGGCCACUAAAGCUACGAAGCUGGGAGGUUAUGACAUCCCUAAAGGUUCGGUGAUCCUCCUUAAUACGUACGGGGUCCAUCAUUCGACCAGCGUCUGGCCACACCCAGAGAAGUUCGACCCCUCGCGCUGGGAAGACCCUUCUACUGGUACCGGUUUCCGGUAUACUCCAUUUGGCGGCGGGGCAAGACGUUGCAUUGGUUUACCAUCGGCCAUGGUGGAAAUGAAGGGAAUUCUAGCACUGCUUCUCAAACACUUCACGUUUACUCUCUGCGAGGAUUUGCCUUUAAAGGCAGAGGUGAAGAUAAGCUACGCCCCAAGGCGCAUCUACUUCAAGAUAAACAAACGGAAUUAAAGUUCCGCAGUUAAAUUAAACUUCCCUAAGAUUUAAUGUAAAACCCUCUAUAUAUAAAAAAAAACUAAAAUAAUUUUAAAAUUUA